UCUGACGGUCAGAGAAGUCAGAUGAUGGAGGAAGCUGAGCGAAUCAUGGCGGAAAUUAAAGGCAGACGUUGCAGACGGGCUGGAGCAGACGGCGAGCAGGAAGGGGCCCGCAUGUUGCUGGAGAACAUCAGGGCCGACAUGAGCGACCUCUCGCAAACCGUCCAGGACGUUCUGAAGCGGACUGCAGACGUCCUGACGGCCGCAAACGUUUCUGUGGCGGCAGCGGCAGAGCAGCUGUCCUCUGUUCAGGAGACAGUAGAGAAAACACACAGGCUUAACCUUGAAGGCGCCGCCGGUCUAGAAAAUCUGCAGACUGUUCUGGCUGCGCUGCGGAGAGAACGAACCACGGUGCCUCUCGCGAUGGAGCGGCUUUACGAUACGAUGAAGAAAACUAAAGACGCCCUUUUGGUGUUUCAGAAAAUGAAAAAUGAAGAGGAGGAUCUUGCUGCUCAGGUGGACGGAGGUGAACUGGGGCUUUUUGGAAAACUAAAUGCCACCUGGAAGUGUGUGACCCGGACGGACGCCGUGACCCGGGCUGAGGGGCACGCAGAGGAGCUGAGUGCUGCGGCGUCUCAGUUAGAACAAGUGCUUCAAAAUGCGGCCAGCAGCAGAGAGCUGCUCAGGAUUUUUGAAGCUGAUGAGAGCGUCGCCUGGCUCUCGCAGGCAGCAAAUCAGGCUCUGAGGGACUUGGAGGAGGGAGGUCUGAUCAUCAGCGCCGAGGGGAUGGAGGACCUUUCAGCUGAUUUACACGCAGAAGCCAACCACACUCGGCGGCGCUUCAAAACGGUUUCACGUGCGCUGAACGCUCAGAGGGACAGCGUGAAAAAGCAGGAGAAAAAGGCAGAAAUGUUGAAAGCGAGCGUCUUAAACCUUGGUGGCAGCAUCAAGCAGAUUGAAAGAGGUGAUACCAAAGACCUUAUGGAGUUUGUGAGAAUAACAACCUCUGCUGUAAAUGCUAAAGUCAGCAAAGUAAAGGAGCGCCUCGGUAACAUCAGCCUGGAAGUGAGACGAAUCCACUCAGCUCGCUUCAGUGGAAACUUCCUGACUGAUGCCAACCGGGCCGUGAAAAGGUUGAAUGGAGUACUGCCUGUUUUGGAAGACAAGCUGGAACAAAUUGAGGCUCUGGGUGAAGACACGUCUCCGUCCGCUGAGGUAACAGAGAGCAUACAGAGGAUCAAGGACAUCAUCGAUGAGGCAAGAAGCUUUGUAAAUAGGCUGCCUCUUGCCACCACCUUUAGUGGAAAGAGCCACAUUGAGCUCCACCCUCCGAGAAACCUGGAGGACAUAAAAGCAUUCACAGCCGUUGAUCUGCUGCUCAAUCUCCACCACGGAGAGCCGAUGGCAGCGAGGGGGCGAAGGCGGCACAAACACAGAGAUGAAAACAGCCACUUCGUUCUCUAUCUGGGUACCAGAGAUACCUUUGGAGACUACUUCGCCAUGGUCAUCAGAGACACAAAGUUGAUUUGUCUUUAUAAGUUGGGUGGAGUUGCUCAUGAGAUGGAAACCAGUCAAAUAUCAACGGGCAACGUAAACUCCUCUUGUUUUGACAGGAUCGUCUUCCAAAGGGUUUACCAAGACGCUACAGUCGGCGUCACAAAAAACUUCACAUCACAGAAACCCGUCAGCCUCCCUCCCAAACAGAACCUGCCCGACACGACGAGCAGCAUCAUGAACCUCGACUCACAGCGCGCUGUUUUCUACGUGGGAGGCUAUCCCAAGGAGUUCAACCCUCCAGAGGAGCUGCGCUACCCUAAGUUCAGAGGAGCGAUGAAACUUUCCUACGUCAAUGACAUUCCCGUCAACCUCUUCAACUACAGGAGUGCUGUCAACAUGCAGACAAAGCAGAGCACUGCUAAGGUCCUUCAGACAGAGUCGUGUGAUUAUUAUGACGGGACAGGCUACCGCAUGGCCUUCUUAAAGGAGCCGCAGAAGAAGAAACGGUGGCUGUUCAGAUUCAACACCAGGAGCCGAGAGACAAACGCCCUUCUGUUCUACAUCGGAAAUGAAGAGUCCUUUUUCUGCGUCUGUGUAGAAAGAGGCUUCCUGGUGGUUGAAGGUCAGCAAGGCGGCCGGCAGCUCAGAAACCAGAGUUCAGCUCCAGUUUCUCUGUUUGAGAAGAAGUUUGCGGUGGUGAUUGGCGACAGAUUUGUCGUGCGCUACGGAUCAGAGCAGAUCCACACUGAUCAUCUUCAGACUAACUACAUGUGGUGGUACAUGGGAGGCCUGCCAGCCUGGCUCAGACGGAGACACAACAUCACAGCAGCCCCACUGAGAGGAUGUGUGGAUGAUGUGACGGCAGAUGCAGAGUUCGUCGAGUACAACAAGACAGUCGGUGUCGGUGGUGGAUGCCCGCUUUCCUUACUGGGCGUUCGCGCGGCCGCCAUGCAUUCGACUCUUCCCGCUGAUUCCUUGUUUGUCUGCAGCGGACAGUCCAGAGUGUCUCUGGGGUUCAGCAGCACAUCCAGGCACGCUGUCCUGCUUAAUUGCGGCUCACAGAGCUUCACCUCCGGUCAUGACCUCCAGCUCUCCCUCGCUGAUGGCUUUACAAUAUUCAGGGGGUAUAAUUAUACCUUAACAUCUGGAAAAAGGUACAAUGAUGGAGCCUGGCAUUACCUGUCUGCAGAGUGGAGGCCAACCGGGCUGGGUCUCACCAUUGAUAAUGUGAAUGUGAUUCAGAAACAAGCACCUCCUGUCACACGGCAAGAUGAGCAAUUUAAAGUCUGCAUUGCUAACCUUUAUACAAGAAGGGAUGACUCUAAAUUUAUCCCCGCUGAUCUCAGUUCACUGUCGCACGCAGGAGACGUUGUCCCUGGUUGGUGCAGUUUGAAGUUUCAGAGUUUGGCUGGCGCCGGCUGCAGACAUCAACAAGCCCAGUAUGAACACCAGUUCUCUGAAGCAAGCUGGCUCAGCUACACAUUCCCUGAAGAAGAACUUAACUACAGGCCUCACUUUUCUCUUCACAUCAAGACUAAAUCAUCCAAAGGGCUGAUCCUUCAUGUAGCAGGAAGUGGGGUCGUCCCCCGCCUGGCUCUCUACAUGGCUAACGGAAAGAUCAGGAUGUCGCUCGGACAAAACAAAGUCAUCUACCACAAGAAGAAGAGCAACGACGGGGGCUGGCACAUGGUUGAGUUCAGCGUGGAGAACAGCACUUUUCACCUGCUGGUUGACGGAGUGCGCGCCCCCGACGGUCAGCUGCCCGGCAACGAGGGAUCGUCUUUACGGCUGCGUAAAGACGUAAAGACGUGUACCUGGGAGGGUAUCCGAAAAAGACGUCAACGAAAGGACACGACAUUCCUGCAGGCAGCGUCAUCGGCUGUCUACGGGAUUUCAAAAUGAAUAACGUUGCUGCUCCCGCACCUGAUUCCAGCCGCGAAAUCCUGCCCUGCUUGGGCGGGCUCACAGAAACGGGGACCUUCUUUGGCGGAGGCCACGUCC